AAGAAGGAUCUCACGUCAAUAUAGUCUCUAAUCUCUCUAUAUUCAAUUGUACAAAAGGAUGAAACACAAUUGCAUAAGAAUUGGAAAUUGAGAAUCCUUUCAAUUAACUAUUCGUACUGAGAUUGAGGAUGGGUAGCAUCCUUCUUUUAAAAUUGGAAUUCUUCUGUGGUCUCCGUCUACGAUAUACAUGAGAUACAUAGCAUAAUCUAACCACACGUAGGAUAUAAAAAUGGCCACUUUUUUGUCUCUCUACACUCCCUCUUCAUCUUCUUUUCUCGCACUCUCAAAAGACUCAUCUUUCAUGAAAACAAAGCCGUGUCUCCAUUACAAUCACAGGCCACUCUGUCUAGCUUCAGCGCACCCUACCGAAGCUGACCAAGAACUACCAGAGCCUAUCAGAACUCUUUGGCAAUGGGGAUGUGAUGAAGGAGUGAUAUCAAAGAAGACACCAGUGAGGCCAGGAGUUGUCCCAGAAGGACUAGGGCUUGUCGCCACUAAAGACAUUGGUAGAAAUGAAGUCGUUUUGGAAGUUCCCAGAAGGUUCUGGAUCACUCCAGAAACAGUUGCAGAUUCAGAGAUUGGGAGUGUGUGUUCUGGGAUGAAUCCCUGGGUUGCUGUGGCUCUGUUCUUGCUUAGAGAGAAGCACAGGGAUGAUUCCAAGUGGAAAUCUUAUCUUGAUGUCCUCCCAGAUUGCACCAAUUCUACUAUUUUUUGGUGGGUCUGAACUUUAAACUUGCAGGUCAGAAGAGGAGCUUGCUGAGCUUCAAGGGACCCAGCUAUUAAGCACGACUAUAGGUGUCAUAGAAUAUGUGCAAACUGAAUUCCAGAGAACUGAAGAGGUCGUACUUCGAAACAAACAGCUUUUCCCUUUCACUAUCACAUUGGCUGACUUCGUUUGGGCAUUUGGAAUCCUCAGGUCAAGGGUGUUUUCCCGUCUUCAAAAUCAAAAUCUUAUUUUGAUGCCAUUUGCUGACUUGAUCAACCACAGUGGUAGAGUUACAUCAGAAGACCCUGCCUAUGAAGUUCGACGAACGGCGGGCUUUUUCUCCAGGGAUUACUUAUUCUCUUUGCGAAGCCCCUUAGCAGUGAAGAAAGGUGAACAGGUUUUCAUCCAAUAUGAUGUGAACAAGAGCAAUGCUGAUUUGGCUCUGGAUUAUGGUUUCACUGAUUCAAGUCCACAUCGUGAUGCAUUUACGUUAACGCUGGAGAUCUCCGAGUCUGAUGAGUUUUAUGGGGACAAGUUGGACAUUGCAGAAUCAGUUGGUUUAGGAGAAACGGCUUACUUUGAUAUAAAGUUAGGCAAACCUCUCCCCCCUCAAAUGCUUCCCUAUUUGAGACUAGUUGCACUUGUUGGUCCUGAUGCUUUCCUCCUCGAAUCAAUAUUCCGGAAUGCUGUGUGGGGCCACCUGGAACUGCCCAUUAGCCGUGCAAAUGAGCUGCUCAUAUGUAAAAUUGUUUGUGAUGCUUGCUCGUCUGCACUUUCGGGAUACAGUACCACUCUUGAAGAGGAUGAGAAGAUGAAAAAAGCAGGAAGCAUGAGUCCAAGACUGGAGAUAGCAGUGGGGGUAAGGGGAGGUGAGAAGAAAGUGUUAACGGAGACGAACAAUAUAUUUAGAGAGAGGGAAGAGGAACUGGACGAGUUAGAAUACUACCAAGAGAGGAGGCUCAAAGAUCUUGGUCUGGUUGGUGAGCAAGGUGAAAUUAUCUUUUGGGAGCCGCCUCAAAAAUAGACACCACACCUGCGCGAAUCUCGUCUUAUUUACAGUUUACAAUGAAGUACUCCCACCCUUUCCGAAACAAUUUUCACUUUUCGAAUUCCGACUAGACAUUUCCCGAUUUAAAAACUGCAUUAAGUUGUAGCAAUAGAACACACUUCACAAAUUUGUUUUAGCAGCUACUUCGAAAUGAUAUCAGUAAAGUCUAUACUAAAAAUUAUACGGAGUAAUGGUUAUAGAUUGAUAUCUAUAGUUAUUGAAGUAGAAGUUUUACAGUUACUAUUGUUUGGUAAAGUUAUUAUGUGCUGAAGUGCAAUGUGAUUACAUUAUUUGCCCUUGCAAAUCAUUUUUCAUGUCUGAAAAGAGCAAAUGGCACAAAUGCACAUUAUAUUAUGCUCAUUCUGUAUUAGAAAAUCAUUUUAAACUUUCUUUUAAUAAUAUUGAGUUAUGAAGAAUAAAUAGUUUCCACGUGCUGUAAAUGUCAUCAUGAUUGGAAAAAAAUCAUGAAUAGAAUUUUAUUGUAAUUUCAUCAUAAAGUUACAAUCGUUUUCUUCUUUUAAUAGGAUUAAAUCUUAACCUAUCUUAUAAAGGUCAGUUUUUAGUAUUAAAUGAUCAUGGUUUGUCAUGGUUAGGCUUUAAAGUGUAGUACCAUGUGCUAUCAUAGUGUGCCAUAUGAAUUGGCUUUUAAAUUACCAACUUCACCGUUCGACUUACCGUUAAUGGAGUUAAAUUCAUUUGACGGUGCUUGUGUUUAACGAUGCUACUCCAGAUAUAUGAGUAGAUCCUCUAUUUGUUAUCAUCUUUGUAUAGACUCUAAAAUUGCUACAACUUUUAAUUUUUCAGCGUUUGAUUUUUCAGCAUUUAAUUGUUGUAUCCACUUGCUUUCUUGGUUUAAAUCCAUUUUUUUAUUUUCCAAUCUAAGUAUCACAGGAUUCCCACUUCUCUAAUGGACAAGAUGUACCAUAUCACCAUUAAAUAUAAUUUAAUUUUAUAUUCAUUUUUUAUUUUCACCUAAUCAAACACAUAAUGGGAUUUAAAGUUCCCUUAUCCCAUUCUCAUGAUCAUGAUCAUCAAUAUCUAAGCUAAGCUGCUAAGGUAUACUAUUCUCUUCCCAAUUGUUUGUGAGUUCAGGUUGCAUUUUAUUUAUUUUUUUGUUUUGCUUGGGAGCUAUUUCCCUGUUAUUAAAAAAAUUUGGAGUGCUUGUGUUCUACAAAUGUACACUUCGACAGAACAUAAUUAAUAAAGCUAACUAUUUGAAUUAUUUGAACAAACUCAUAUGAAAAGAAAUAAAUUGCACCUGUUUGGUAGCACGAAAAUCGGCUGAUUUGAUUGAUUCUGCUGAAAUUUAUGAAGUUCUGUCUGAAGUGACUGCAUUGGCUGAUUCUG